AAUCGAAGUCACUUGAAGUCGAAGGAAUCGCCGCCAUGGCGGCUUCGAGAACGUAUGGUUCAGCCGGAGUCGAACCCCUUGGAAGCACUCCAAAGCUGGGUCGCAUGGGCUAACUCCGGGAGCCAAGUCUUGAAUCUGGGCCUUCAAGAUGGCCUAGUGGUACCAGGCUUGGGCGGCACGCUGUUGGCCUCCAGGCUACCGGCAGACGCCGAAGCUGUCGAUUGGGAGGCGGCCUUGAAGAGGCAAAAUGCUGCCAACGACGAGCUUUGUAGUGAAAAUAGUCAACUACAACUCGAAGUACAGCGGUUAGCUGCAGAAGAGUCACGCGAAGCCUGGGAGGUUCGAGCGGUACGAGUUUGCAUUUUGUCACUCUUUUCGACUUUUGCAUGUUGCAUAACAGUAGUAGUGUCCGAUCGCUCCUAGUAGCGAUGCCAGGAGCCCGGUUCGUA